CCUCCCCGCCCGCCCCACUUCUCAUUCACUUGGCUCGCACGGCGCAGACAGCGCAGCGAGCACACACCGCCAGUCUGUGCGCAGAGCGGGAGCCAGAAGCCGCGGGGACACCCGGCCAUGCACGCCCCCAACUAAGCGGUGCCUCAAAGCCCCGGCUCCUGCCAGUCCAGCGCAUUGCAAGGAAGCUCAGGCUAGCUCAGAGGAACAUACCCCUUGAGACCCUCGGGUCCUCGCUUCCAGGGCAGUCCUUCCUCAGACGCUCUGCUAAGUGCAGACAGAAGCGCGCAGUGGCCCCGGCUCGCCGCAUCAUGGAGCGGAUCCCCAGCGCGCAACCACCUCCUACCUGCCUGCCCAAAGCGCCGGGACUGGAGCAUGGAGACCUGUCAGGGAUGGAUUUUGCCCACAUGUACCAAGUGUACAAGUCCAGGCGGGGGAUAAAACGGAGCGAGGACAGCAAGGAAACUUACAAAUUGCCGCAUCGGCUGAUUGAGAAAAAGAGACGUGACCGGAUUAACGAGUGCAUUGCCCAGCUGAAGGAUCUCCUACCCGAACACCUCAAACUUACAACUUUGGGUCACUUGGAGAAAGCGGUGGUUCUGGAGCUUACGCUGAAGCAUGUGAAAGCACUGACAAAUCUAAUUGAUCAGCAGCAACAAAAAAUCAUUGCCCUUCAGAGCGGAUUGCAAGCUGGUGAGCUGUCGGGAAGAAAUAUCGAAGCAGGACAAGAAAUGUUCUGCUCAGGUUUCCAGACAUGUGCCCGGGAGGUGCUUCAGUACCUGGCCAAGCAUGAGAACACUCGGGACCUGAAGUCUUCGCAGCUUGUCACUCAUCUCCACCGCGUGGUUGCUGAGCUGCUGCAGGGUGGUACUUCCAGGAAGCCAUCGGACUCGGCUCCCAAAGCCAUGGACUUCAAAGAGAAACCCAGUUUCCUGGCCAAGGGAUCGGAAGGGCCUGGGAAAAACUGUGUGCCAGUCAUCCAGCGGACUUUCGCCCCCUCCGGUGGGGAGCAGAGCGGGAGCGACACUGACACAGACAGUGGCUAUGGAGGGGAGCUGGAGAAGGGUGACGUGCGCAGUGACCAGUCGUACUUCAAAAGCCAUCACAGUCGCAGGCUCACCAUGGGAGAUCGCGUCAGCACAAUUAAACAAGAAUCUGAAGAGCCCCCCACCAAAAAGAGCCGGAUGCAGCUCUCGGAUGAGGAAGGCCACUUCGCUGGCAGUGACCUGAUGGGUUCCCCAUUUCUGGGCCCGCACCCACAUCAGCCUCCCUUUUGCCUGCCCUUCUAUCUCAUCCCACCGUCGGCAACUGCCUACCUGCCUAUGCUGGAUAAAUGCUGGUACCCCACCUCUGUGCCGGUCUUAUACCCAGGCCUCAACACCUCUGCAGCAGCCCUCUCCAGCUUCAUGAACCCAGACAAGAUCCCGACUCCCUUGCUCCUGCCCCAGAGACUCCCUUCUCCCUUGGCACAUUCGUCCCUCGACUCUUCAGCCUUGCUCCAGGCUCUGAAGCAGAUCCCCCCUUUAAACUUAGAAACCAAAGACUGAACUCUUGAAAGAGAUCUCCUGCUGCUUCGCUUUCCUUCCUCCCUAAUUCCAAAACCACAAAGGUCGGCCCACCAUGCAGACCCACAUAAAAGAUUCGGAAUGUGUGUGUGUGUGUGUGUGUGUGUGUGUGUGUGUGUGUGUUUGUAUGUAUGUAUAGGACAUUAAGUUCCUUCUGACACAGGGAAGACAUGAAAGGGAUGACCUAACAUCAGAUGACAGGACUGUAGCAGUCAGUUCUCUGGGCUUUUCCCUACCCAUAGAAGAGCCCCCUUUGAUACAAAUCAGUUGGAUUUUCAUAAGCUUCAAAAGCUCCAUCUGUGAGUCACUCCAGUUUGGGAGCUGGGUCUGUCUGUGGCUUUGAGAAAAGGUAGUUUCAAACGAGGACUUUCCAGAGCGCAGCUUCCAGCCAGCUGUUAGGACCCCACCCUUCUUCUCUCUUUAUUGUCGACGUGACUCAGACCCGACUGACAGUGGUCAGACGGAGCUCUCUGCUAAGGUGGUGAGGUAGACGACGCUGGCAUGUCACGGUAGUGGUUUGGGCAAAUUUCUGCAGGUCUCCUCCCCCACCCCUGCCUCCGAUGAAUAAAGACAUGAAUGCAGUUCCCUAACUCAGGCUUUUGUGGUGAUUAGCUUACUACGGAACUGAAAAUGGCCCCCUUUGUACAAGCUGAGCUGCUAGGGAACUGAGGUGGACCAGACUGGUUCCAGACGUGUGGCACCUGUUUUCUAGGUCUCUCUUCUACCGUGAGCCAUCCAGGAAACCAAAGGAGGGUCUCAGAGAUGGCAGAUGCCCUGAGUGUCCCAAAGUGUACAAAGCUAAGUAAUCAAUUGCUACACUUAUUCCUCAGCUAGACUCGGAUCUCAAGUCCUUCCGCAAGCUUCGAACCAAGCUGAGCUUCUCCAAGGCAGAGCUUUGGCAUCCCGAGAUCCUUUCUGUAGGCUAAUUCCUCUUGCCCGGCAGCAUAUGGAGUGGCCCUAUUGCUAAAAAGGAUUCUGUCUCCUUUAAGGAAGUUUUAUUUUUGAUCCAGAGUCCUUGUUUUCUUGACUUGCUCAGCCAGCCCUGCACCAGCUUCUCGAAAUGCACUAUGCUUGUGUUUUAACUUCUUUUCCCAUUUUUUAUUUGGGCAUAAAAAAAAAUCGUUGCCUUUAUUUGUAAAGCUGUUAUAAAUAUAUAUUAUAUAAAUAUAUGACAAAGGAAAAUGUUUCAGAGGUCUAUUUGUAUAAUUACUUGAUCUACACAGUGAGAAAAAUGAAUGUAUUCCUGUUUUUGAAGAGAAGAAUAAUUCUUUUUCUCUAGAGAGAGGAGAGGUUACAGUGUUUAUAUUUUGGAACCUUCCUGAAGGUGUGAAACUGUAAAUAUUUUUAUCUAAGUAAAUGUUAAGUAGUUGUUUUAAAAAUACUUAAUAAAAUAAUCUUUUUCCUGUGGAAGAGAAA